GCCGUCAGGAAGAAAGACCCGAGCCACCUGCACCAGCCAAGCCCGAGGGGGAGCACAAGAUCAGAGACACGAUGGCCGACGUCGCAGAGAAGCAGGAGCUGCCGCCCGCGGGCGACGCCGCCGUGGCCCCGCCCGCCGUGCCCGAGGAUGUGGCCGCCAUGUUCGACCUGAAGAAGAAGAAGAAGAAGUCCAAGAAGGUCAAGAAGGAGAAGAAGGAGAAGACGGAGGACGCCGAGGCCGCCGCCGAUGCCGCGCCCGACGCCAACUCGGUGCUGGUGCAGGACCCCGCCACGUACUCGUACAAGGACGAGCUGCUGGCGCGCAUCAUGGCCAAGCUGCACGAGAACAACCCGGAGCUGACGGACCGCAAGCGCCACACGAUGAAGCCGCCGCAGCUCAUGCGCGUGGGCACCAAGAAGACGCUGUGGGUGAACUUCCAGGAGAUCUGCCAGAUGAUGCACCGCAGCCCCGAGCACGUGCUGCAGUUCACGCUGGCCGAGCUGGGUACGGAGGGAUCCAUCGACGGCAACCAGCGCCUGGUCAUCCGCGGUCGCUACGUGCCCAAGUACAUUGAGUCGCUGCUGCGCAAGUACAUCACGGAGUACGUCUCGUGCCAGAUGUGCCGCUCGCCCAACACGACGCUCACGCGCGACUCGGUGAGCCGCCUGUACUUCGUGCACUGCCAGGACUGCGGUUCCUCGCGGUCCGUGGCUGCCAUCCGCUCGGGUUUCCACGCCGCUACUCGUGCCGACAGAAGGGCCGCGCGCAAGUAA